UCAAAGUCUCUUCCGGGUGUUUUCCCUCAGCUGGACGGUGUCUGUCAGCGAAGCAACCUCGGUUUCUUGUUCCUUUUAAGCCUUAAUUUUGCCAGAAUGAACCGUAUAUUUGGCAGAGGAAAACCCAAAGGUCCACCACCGAACCUUACAGACUGCAUAGGAUCCGUUGACUCUCGGACAGAGUCCAUCGAUAAGAAAAUUGCCAGACUAGAUGCUGAACUUGUAAAAUACAAGGAUCAAAUGAAGAAGAUGAGAGAUGGGCCUUCAAAGAACAUGGUUAAACAAAAAGCCUUGAGAGUUCUGAAACAGAAGAGAAUGUAUGAGGGCCAAAGAGAUAACUUGAUGCAGCAGUCCUUUAACAUGGAACAAGCGAACUACACAAUCCAAACACUUAAAGACACUAAAACCACAGUUGAUGCCAUGAAAACUGGCCUUAAAGAGAUGAAGAAAGCUUACAAGAAUGUGAAAAUCGAUAAGAUUGAGGAUCUUCAAGAUCAGCUGGAGGACAUGAUGGAGGACGCUAAUGAAAUCCAAGAGGUGAUGGGCAGAAGCUAUGGCACACCUGAUAUUGAUGAGGAUGACUUGGAAGCAGAGCUGGAUGCAUUGGGCGAUGAGUUUCUGAUGGAUGACGACAGCUCGUACCUGGAUGAGGCUUCAUCAGCUCCGUCCAUCCCAGAGGGUCUGCCAGGCGCCACGUCGACCAACAAGGAUGGCGUGCUGGUGGAUGAGUUUGGCCUUCCUCAGAUUCCUGCCUCAUAAAGCAGCCAUCAGAACACUGCUGGUUUUACAUGUACCAUAGCCUUAUUUGUAUGUAUCCAACUGACACUCCAGCUUUAGAUGGCAGCAAUGAAAACCAAAGCAUCUAUCAAAUAGUGGAGAGUGAAAAUAAUGCAGGUUUCUUAAUUAAAAGUUGUGACAACUCGGUGAGCUUCAUGUGUGUCCGAGGUGAUUGUUGGAAUUUUGAAUAUCUUACAUUUGUACAGUUUCUGCAGCUCCUUCUUUCCAAGAACGAAAUAAAUUAUAUUUUUCAAACAGUAAUUUGACUUUAAAUGUACAAAACAUUUUUAUUCACAAUGUACAAGUAACUUUGCUGUCAACUCAACUGUGUGGAAGAUCUUAAAUAAAUACACUGAUUUGGCAAUGAC